AGAGAUUCGUUAUUACUCUUUUGAGAAUUGACUUUAGAUCUAAGGAGUAUACAGCUUCUGAUCUUGAAUUGAGUGAUUUAUUCGCCAACCAGAUAAUUGAUCAGGAUUCAGAUUUAGUAAACCGUCUUUCUCGCUUCAUGAAAAAAAAUCAAACUGAAAGUAUACAAAGGCAUUAG